GUUGGGUUGGGUUGGGCUAAAUUGUGGGGAUCGACCGACUUACAAAACUUCCCUGUCUUGAGAGGCGAGGCGAGGAUUGUCGUCGCCCGGCUACUAGGCUAACCGGACGGACGGACGGAAUCAUCAGCCACCCAAAGCGAGUGCGAGACAGACACGCAACCCCACCCCGUCUGUCUUCCGAUUCACCAGAUCAGAUCAGGUCAAGGAAGAAAGUUCCUUCCUUCAAGAAUCAAGAUGGUGUUUGUCAAGUCGCCCGAUAACAAAACCCUAAUCUUGAACAUCAACCCUUCCGCCACCACUCUGCGGUCGCUCCGCCUCCACAUCCAGCGGGAUUACCUCAUACCCAUUCCCCGGCAGCGCCUCUACUUGGCUCCUCGCCUGCUGCUAUCCACCCCCGAGAACGACGCCCUAUUGCUCUCCCAUCUCGGGAUCUCCCCCAAUUCAACGCUAACCCUACACGUCCCUUUCCUCCUCGGCGGUAUGCAAGCGCCCGUCCCUCCCAAGGCCCGCCAAGAUUUCCUCAACACGAAGCCUCCGCCGAACUAUGUCGCUGGCCUUGGCCGUGGCGCCACGGGCUUCACCACCCGCUCUGAUAUCGGUCCCGCUCGUGCUGCGCCGGACCUGCCUGAUCGAUCCGCCGCGGCGAUUGGUGCUCCUGGGGCGGCGGCCGCCGCUGGUCGUGGCCGUGGGAAGGGGCCCGGCGAGGAGGACGAGGAGGAGGAGAACGACGAGAAGGGCUACGAUGAGAAUCAAAAGUUCGACGAGUUUGAGGGGAAUGAUGCUGGGCUGUUCGCGUCUGCGGAAUACGACGAUGAGGAUAAGGAGGCCGACGCCGUCUGGGAGGCUAUUGAUAAAAGAAUGGAUUCUCGGAGGAAGGAUAGGAGGGAGGCGAGGCUUAAGCAGGAGAUUGAAAAGUACCGAGCCUCGAAUCCUAAGAUCACCGAGCAGUUCGCUGACCUGAAGAGGAAGCUGUACACGCUGUCCGCCGAUGAAUGGGAUAGCAUCCCCGAGAUCGGUGACUACUCUCUGAGGAACAAAAAGAAGCGGUUUGAGAGCUUCGUCCCAGUGCCGGACACCCUCUUGGAGAAAGCCCGGCAGGAGAAGGAGCAUGUCAGUGCUCUGGAUCCCAAGAGCCGAGCAGCUGGCGGCACUGAGACCCCAUGGGGGCAGACCCCCGUCACGGAUCUGACUGCAGUUGGCGAGGGGAGAGGGACUGUCCUGUCGCUGAAGUUGGAUAGGUUGUCCGACUCUGUUUCGGGGUUGACAGUGGUGGAUCCGAAAGGUUACCUGACUGACUUGAAGAGCAUGAAGAUUACUAGCGAUGCAGAGGUCUCUGAUAUCAACAAGGCUAGGUUGUUGCUCAAGUCAGUGACCCAGACAAACCCGAAGCAUCCACAUGGUUGGAUAGCUGCUGCAAGGCUGGAGGAGGUGGCGGGGAAGCCCCAGGUUGCGCAGCAGUUGAUCAAGAAGGGGUGCGAGGAAUGCCCCAAGAGUGAGGACGUGUGGCUGGAGGCGUGCCGCCUGGCGUCCCCUCUUGAUGCCAAGGCUGUGAUAGCCAGGGGCGUGAAGGCAAUCCCAAACUCGGUGAAGCUGUGGAUGCAAGCAGCAAAACUCGAGCAGGAUGAUGCGAACAAGAGCAGGGUGCUGCGGAAAGGGCUUGAGCAUAUCCCGGACUCGGUGAGGCUUUGGAAGGCAGUUGUAGAGCUUGCCAAUGAGGAAGACGCCAGACUCUUACUGCAGAGAGCUGUGGAAUGCUGCCCGUUGCAUGUCGAGCUAUGGCUAGCCCUUGCUCGGCUGGAAACCUAUGAGAAUGCAAAGAAGGUAUUGAAUAAAGCUAGGGAAAAGCUUCCCAAGGAGCCUGCAAUAUGGAUCACUGCUGCAAAGUUGGAAGAGGCGAACGGAAAUACUGCCAUGGUUGGGAAGAUUAUUGAAAGGGGUAUUCGAGCCUUACAGAGGGAAGGUUUGGAAAUCGAUCGGGAGAUGUGGAUGAAAGAGGCUGAGGCAGCUGAGAGGGCUGGUUCUGUUGUAACUUGUCAAGCUAUUAUACAUAACACCAUUGAGGUAGGUGUCGAGGAAGAGGAUAGGAAGAGGACGUGGGUCGCAGAUGCUGAGGAGUGCAGAAAGAGAGGGUCUAUUGAGACAGCGAGGGCGAUCUAUGCUCAUGCACUUACCGUGUUCUUGACAAAGAAGAGCAUAUGGCUCAAAGCAGCUCAACUAGAGAAGAGCCACGGCACCCGGGAGUCACUGGAUGCUUUGCUGCGGAAGGCGGUUACAUAUAUUCCACACGCCGAGGUGCUGUGGCUAAUGGGUGCGAAAGAAAAGUGGCUUGCUGGUGACGUGCCUGCUGCUCGCGCAAUUCUUCAAGAAGCAUACGCCGCGAUCCCGAAUUCUGAGGAGAUCUGGCUUGCUGCAUUCAAGCUAGAGUUUGAGAACCACGAGCCUGAAAGGGCUAGAAUGCUUCUUGCCAAGGCUCGGGAAAGGGGAGGAACUGAGAGAGUUUGGAUGAAAUCGGCAAUUGUUGAAAGGGAGUUGGGAAACACAGCAGAGCAGAGGAGGUUGUUGGAUGAAGGGAUCAAACUUUUCCCGUCAUUCUUCAAACUCUGGCUGAUGCUCGGUCAGUUGGAGGAACUUCUCGGCAACUUGGAGAAAGCCAAAGAAGCGUAUGAGUUGGGAUUGAAGCACUGCCGGGAUUGCAUUCCCUUGUGGCUUUCGCUUGCUCACUUGGAGGAGAAAGUCAGCGGGCUGAGUAAGGCGCGCGCUGUCCUGACUAUGGCCAGAAAGAAGAAUCCAGAGAAUCCUGAGCUCUGGCUGGCUGCAGUGCGAGCUGAGUCCCGACACGGUUACAAGAAGGAAGCUGAUAUAUUAAUGGCCAAGGCAUUGCAGGAUUGCCCUAAGAGUGGUAUUCUGUGGGCAGCCUCCAUCGAGAUGGCCCCUCGGCCUCAGCAGAAAACGAAAAGCAGGGAUGCAUACAAAACAUGUGGCGACGAUCCCCAUGUCCUUGCUGCUGUGGGGAAGAUAUUUUGGCAUGACAGGAAGGUCGAUAAGGCUCGGUCCUGGUUGAACAGGGCAGUUACACUUGCUCCAGAUAUUGGUGACUUCUGGGCGUUGUACUACAAGUUUGAACUUCAGCAUGGCACGGAGGAGACGCAGAAGGAUGUACUGAACAGAUGUGUUGCGGCUGAGCCGAAGCACGGGGAAAAGUGGCAAGCCGUUUCGAAAGCGGUGGUGAACUCACAUCAGCCUACGGAGUUUAUCCUGAAGAAGGUGGCUGUUGCUAUUGGGAAGGAAGAAGAUCGUGCCGCCGAAAAUGGCGAGCGGUACGGUGGUGGUAGUAGUAGACCUGCUAUAUCCUCCUCCGACUCCAUCCAGUCUCAGUCUCAGCCUCCUGAAUGAUUUAUGAUCGACCAUCUACUGAGUGAGUUAUAGUGAUUGAUUGCUAGUGUAUCCUAUCAUCAUCUGCUGUUGUGGAGUUUUCUUACACCUAGAUCUUUCUUUUCUUUAUUGAAGCAUGCUGUAGCCUGUAGUAGUAGGGGUUUUAGUUUAAACUCUCUUGAUAUAUAUAUAUACUAUUGUCUGAUUUUGGCAAA